UUUUCCUCAUUGGCUACCGUACAGAAGGUCGCCGUAUGCGCAUGUUUGUUUAUUUGACAACUUUCUGCAAGUUUCGGACAAAAUUGUUUGAGUUGAUUGAAGGCCUAGGCCCUAUAUAUUUACACUGUGUGAUUGUAUGUGACAGUAAGUAUUAGUGAGUACUGUUGUUUUAAAAGAAAAAGAUGUGGGCGUAUUUAAUUGGGUUCGACAAAGUCAUUGUAAGACGUUUUAAUUCUGUUCAGUUUUAAUGAGUGAUGUUUGUUGAUUUGUUACAGGAGGGUGUUAAAUUUACUACAAUGGCAUGCGCCCAAGAGGAUCGCCUUAUGACGGCCGCCAUAGAUUUUGGCACGACAUAUUCAGGUUACUGUUUCUCUUUUCGACAUGACUUCGAGAAUGACCCGCUCAAAGUGUCAGCCAACACGUGGACUGCGGGUACUGCUGGUCUCGUGUCCCUAAAAACGCCCACCACGGUUCUCCUGGACGGCGAUGGAAAAUUAGUGACAUUCGGCUAUGAAGCAGAAGAUCGCUACUCCGAGCUAGCAGACGAUGAGGAACACGGAGACUAUUUUUAUUUCCGGCGGUUUAAGAUGACACUUUUCAAUUCAUCGUCAAGACUUACUAGAGACACCAUGUUAAAAGACAUAACGGGAGGAAAACAGAUGAGAGCCAUCACGGUUUUUGCUCAUGCCAUCCGGUACUUAAAAGAACACAUGCUGAAAACUCUGGACCAGCGAGGGGCCGGAAUUAAGGCCAGGGACAUCAACUGGGUGCUGACGGUUCCCGCUAUCUGGGAUGAUCCCUCGAAACAGUUCAUGCGUGAAGCUGCAGAGGAGGCAGGCAUUAAUCGAGCUCAGCUAAUGAUAUCGCUGGAACCAGAGGCAGCCUCGCUGUUUUGUAAAUAUCUACCCAUAGAGAAGUUACAGGGCGUAGAUAAAGGAAUCGGCGCAUUCAAACCGGGUAGCCGAUACCUCGUUUUAGAUGCUGGGGGUGGCACGGUCGAUAUCACAGUCCACGAAGUUCAGUUCAACGGGACUCUGAAGGAAUUGGAUAAGGCCAGUGGUGGGGCAUGGGGAGGUACUCGAGUCGAUGAAUCCUUCAAGGAAAUGCUAGAAGAGAUUGUGGGACCGGGUAUGCUGGAGGAGUUUGCCUUGUCGCACACGGCAGACUACAUCGACUUGUUUCGGGAUUUCGAGACAAAGAAGCGCAAUGUGAAAGACGAUGCUCCGGGAAAGAUCACCAUUCGUAUUCCGAUAAGUCUGCAAGAGUUGUACGAGGAAAGGUCGGGAGAGGAAAUUAAAAAGAAAAUUCGCCAGACCAGAUACAAAGAUGACCUCACUUGGGUCGGCGAUCGUCUGCGCAUUAACAAACCGUGUUUUGUAAACUUGUUUUCUGCGGCCUGUGAUGGAAUGGUGGAUCACGUCAAGAAAUUGCUACGUUCGCCCAAAGUCCGAGGUACAAACAACAUCCUCAUGGUUGGGGGAUUUUCGGAAUCACCCUUACUACAGAAAAGAAUUCGUGAUGAAUUUAGCGAUUGUCGAGUGAUCAUUCCGCAAGAGGCUGGAUUAGCCGUCCUUAAAGGUGCCGUCAUUUUUGGUCAUCAACCAGCAACCAUUGCGGCACGUAUAGCUAAGUGCACGUACGGUAUAGAAACCAACACAUCAUUCGAUGCUAGAAAACAUCCACAGUCGAAGAAAAAAGUGGUAGAAGGCAAGGAGAAAUGUAAAGAAGUAUUUGAUAAGCACGUGGCGAUCGGACAACAGUUGGAAGUAGACGAAGUUCAAAGUGAAAAAAGCUACUUCCCUCUCUACUCAAACCAGACCAAAGUAGCGCUACCCGUAUAUUCGUCCACAAUGGAUAACCCAAACUUCGUGGAUGAAGCUGGCUGUAGUUAUCUAGGGAAGCUAACAGUUGAUCUUCCACAAUAUGGUUCAGACAAAGAAGUGUCAACAAAUUUCAUCUUUGGUGGAACCGAACUAAAAGUUCAAGCAAUUGUGAAAAGCACGGGAGAAGUUACUACCGCCAAUUUUGACUUUUUGGAAUGAUAAAGCUAAAGAUCUUUUUAUUUAAAUUCUUCUAGUAUCCAAAACAUGUAUAUAUCGAUAUUUUAAAAUGGUGCACCAUGCAUUCAGCACCAACCAUAAUGAUAGUCACACAGCAAAUAUGUAUACUUCACUAAUUUGUAAGAUAGGAAAUGUAGGGUAGCGUGUGUAACCAUACAUUGUAUCGUGAGUAAGUAAAAAUAAAUGUUUUAUUUCUAA